AUGCUCAAUCGAGCUGGUGACCAGUGCCACAUCGAAGAUGCUUUGGAUGAGUGUGAUAUCAUUACAUCCGGCGAACAAAUGGCCUUCCGAGAAGAUGUAAAAAUGCCUGUCCGAAGCCUGUGCACAAAAUGUGGUAGUGUUUCCAGUCAGCCAGUUUGUCAAGCAUGCACACUUUUGGACGGACUUAAUGCCGGACUUCCUCAACUGGCCGUGGGCAAAUCGCGCGAUCGCGCAUUCUUCAAACAUUCGGACUCAGCAAGCAUCGAAAAAGACUGA